AUGGAGUAUUUACCCCUGAAGAUGCUCCUCACAGCUUUCCUAACGGUGGAGCUGCGGAGGAAGUGUGCUGAAAUCUGGAAAGAACUUUUGCUGGCUUACAGAAAGAAACCCCCUGUUUCUGGGAAGAGGGUUGCAGGGAUUGAUACCUAUGGUAGUCGCUCUUCCAAAACCUUCAAACCAAAGAAGAAUAUUCCAGAGGGGUCUCACCAGUACGAGCUGCUAAAACAUGCUGAAGCCACGCUUGGAAGUGGUAACCUCCGGAUGGCUGUCAUGCUUCCAGAGGGUGAAGACUUAAAUGAAUGGGUUGCAGUUAACACUGUGGACUUCUUCAACCAGAUCAACAUGCUUUAUGGAACCAUUACAGACUUCUGUACAGAGGAGAGCUGCCCUGUGAUGUCUGCUGGCCCAAAAUAUGAGUACCACUGGGCAGAUGGGACAAACAUAAAGAAACCAAUUAAGUGCUCUGCACCAAAGUACAUUGAUUACCUGAUGACUUGGGUCCAGGAUCAGCUGGAUGAUGAAACGCUAUUUCCUUCUAAAAUAGGUGUACCAUUCCCAAAGAACUUCAUGUCAGUGGCAAAGACAAUUUUAAAGCGUCUCUUCAGAGUUUAUGCUCACAUUUAUCACCAGCACUUUGAUCCAGUAAUCCAGCUACAGGAAGAGGCACACCUUAACACUUCUUUCAAGCACUUUAUAUUUUUUGUUCAGGAAUUCAACCUUAUUGAUAGAAGAGAACUUGCACCACUUCAAGAACUGAUCGAAAAACUCACCUCUAAGGACAGAUAAAAGGAAUAGGAUUUCUUGAAGUCACUUAUUUCUUUAAGCAAGUGUGUGGUAUUGUUUUUUGUUCAUGUGUCUUUUUUUUUUAAAUCCAAUACGAAAACCUGUGCUGUUACUCCUGACAGCAAAGAUCCACUUUCUGUGCUUUUAUUAGGGGAGAUCUUUUUAUCUGUUAGUGACAUGCAGUAAAUAGCCUUUUUUUUUUGUUGUUUGGUUUGGUUUUUUGUAUUGUUACUCAUUGUGGAUUUUUAGCAGGUGCUGAGUGUUGAUACCAGAAACAUGCUUGGUUGGGGGACAGACUCUGCUGGUGGAUGGGUUCUUGUGUUGUGUCAGUGGUAGCCCAUUCUCAUGAAGUCCCUGGAAGACUUGCAUACAUUCUCUUAAGUGCCUUGGCAGACUCACUUCUGAGGUGCAAAGCACAUACAAUACUGAGCAUUGCUGGAAACAGAAAAUAUGAACUAACACCCAGGACACUUACUGAUACUUGUUUUAGAAAAAUAUAUAUAUGCUUACACUAAAAAAAAAA